CGCGGGGUGCAGGUUUGGCUCUUGUUGGCACUCACAGUGGACGUGGAACACUGUCGCGGAGUUAUUCGCUACCACAGUGAUCGAUCCUUCACAGUGAGAAAUCUUAUAUUUGGACUAAUACAACGGGAUAUACGACAAACCAAUGACAGCACCGUGAAUGAAGGUUUCGCUCAACCUCAUUUAGACUCGCUGUAUUUCCAGUUGUUUGUGGUACAGUUUUAUUUAAAACAUCAUGCAAAUGCUCGCGAAAGGGGAACAUUUCUAAUAAACAGCUGUCCUGUUCUCAUAUUCACUGGCUCACUCGACCGCUUCACCCAUGGCUCCGAUGGGCAUCCGGCUGUCCCCACUCGGCAUAGCUGUGUUCUGUUUACUGGGGGUCGGGGUGAUUUAUCACCUCUAUGCCGGAGUCCUGUCCAGCAGAAUCGCCUCGUUCAGACAGAAGAGUAGGGUGGAUCUGAGGGAUCUGCUCGCCCUGUCCAUAGAGGCUGCGGUUCAGGGUGGUCGGGAAGUGAAGAGGAUAAGGGAGGACAACACACUAGAGGAGAAGACAAAGGGAAAGACCAAGGAGGGAGCAAGUGAAAAGCUCACACUGGGUGAUCUGAACUCACACCGCAAGAUGUUCUACCUGAUUAAGAACACCUACCCUUAUGUACAGGUGAACUCAGAGGAACAUGCAAAUGCUGAGGGUGAGGCCACUGUAUGGACACGCAGCAUUCCUGGAGACAUUCUGGAGAAGGUUUCUGGGGGGAAGGAGGUGCCUGCAGAGAAAGUCACGGUGUGGAUUGACCCAUUAGAUGCCACUCAGGAGUACACAGAAAAUCUUCGGAAGUAUGUCACCACCAUGGUUUGUGUGGCUGUGGAUGGGAAUCCUGUUAUAGGUGUGAUCCACAAACCGUUCACUGGGUACACAGCUUGGGGUUUUGUUGGAGAGGGAGCCAGCCUGGCACCUCGUGCUUCCUACAACACAAACUCUCCUAAGGUGAUUGUGUCUCGCUCACACUCAGGCAAGGUGAAGGGCUUUGUUCAGACAGCCUUUGGAAAUAAUACUGAAAUUAUACCAGCAGGGGGUGCAGGAUAUAAAGUACUGGCUCUUCUAGAUGCCAAUGAUGAGGAAUACGAGAAGGCCGAUAUUUAUAUCCAUGUAACGUACAUUAAAAAGUGGGAUAUCUGUGCUGGUGAUGCAAUCCUGAGGUCUCUGGGAGGUCAGAUGACAACUCUUAAAGGAGAGCAGAUCGAUUAUUCAGGCUCAGAGGGGAACACGGGUGGCCUGCUGGCCAGCAUUCAAACUGACCACAAGGCAUUGGUUGACAGACUUCCACCCUGGGAAGAAAACAAACAAUAAAUAAACAACAACCAGGUCUAAGCCCUUGCGCUCCCAAUUUCUUUGGUACCACAUUUUUGGUAGAAAAAUGAGGAAGUGAGAUAAGUUUACAUGAGACAACUGAUUCAGCAUCAGUAACUCUGUGUAAUAAAAACCCACGCAGGUUUGAGAAGUGCUACAGGUGUUGUAAGAUAAAAAAAAAGAAAGUGUGCCUUUGGCUUGUAAGAAUCAUCAGUCACGUAUCAUGUGACAUAUUUAAAGAAUGUUUCAUUGUGUCGCAUAAAGUGAAAGCGUGGGUUUAAAUCAUGAGGUCACUUUACUUUGUAAUUUGUUACUCCAUGUUUAACCAGUAGUUUUAUAUUUCAUUUCAUACUUGUUUUCUGAGUUCUAGUUGGGAUGUUGUGCGACACUCCAAAAUGGCUUGUAACACCAGAGGUUUGAAUGCUACCUAAAUUGGUUUUGGGUGAGAAUUUAACUGUGAAUCCAGAAAUAACUUGAAUAUUAUAUCCUUUUGCAUAGCACUACUUCUCAUUAUAACGGAGUACAUUUUUCCCCUCAGUGGCCUGUGUUCAGUCCUCUAUGUCAGAUCUCAGUUCAUCAGGUUUAUUCACUGAAACCUGAAUUGCAGUGUAAUAAGACUACAGAGGUGUAAGGUGUAAAUAUAAUAUAUAUAAAUAUAAUACAGUAUGUUAAGAUGGAAAUACCAUUUUGUUCUGUUUUGUUUGUAGGGAGAAUUAAAGGGAAGUAAAAAAAAAUAUUUAAUGGAAUACUCAGUCUUCAAACUUCACAUUGGGUGAUUCAUACAGAUGUUGGUGUACUUGUUCUAGGGCUCUUUCACUGUGAUAGAUGACUCAUUGUAAAACUCAAAUUUUCAAAAUAGAUAUUUUUGUAUGAGUAUCGAUACCCUUGCCAUGAUUGUUUGUUGAGAUCCUACAAAUAGCCAUGAUAGUGUGUUUCCCUCCUGGCAAAACUGGUGUUGUGCAUGACAAAAAGAGAAUAUUAAAGGGAAAAAAUAUUUUUUCUGCA